UGCAUAUUGAAAAUUGAUGAUGGAAACAAAAAAACAGACAGAGUAACUUUGGGUAUUCCUCCAAAGUUGUUGUCAAUGGGGAUUAUCUUAUUUCAUUUAGACAUUGAUCUAUUUGAGUAGAACCAACUAUUCUUUCUUUGACAAGAACUCAACACUGUUCAAGUUCAGAGAGACAGAUCAAGAUGAAGAUUGAAGUUGAAGUAAUCUCUCAAGAAACAAUAAAACCUUCAACUCCAACCCCUCACCAUCUCCGCCAUCACCAGCUCUCCUUUCUCGACCAGUUAGCUCCCCACGCCUACGUCCCUUUCCUCUACUUCUACUCCCUCCCCGAUACUCACAACAACCACACCCAAAUCUCCACCCACCUCAAGAAAUCUCUCUCCAAAAUCCUAACCCAGUACUACCCAAUAGCCGGCCGAGUCAAAUUCAACCUCUUUGUGGAUUGCAACGACCAUGGAAUCCCCUUCUACGAAGCUCGAGUCAAAUCCCACUCACUCUCUGAUGUCAUCACCAAUCCCUCCCUCCCCGAAUUGAACAAGUUGUUACCUUUCGAGCUCGACGUGGUCACAGACAUAGCUCUCGGAGUUCAACUGAAUCUGUUUCCGUGCGGAGGAAUUGCCAUUGGGUUGUGCGCUUCGCAUCGAAUUGCAGAUGCGUUGUCAUUUUUCACGUUUGUCAAGAACUGGGCAUCAACUUCUUGUGGAAAUGAGUGUGUGAAUCCGGAUUUUUCUGCAGCUUCGAUCUUCCCUCCAAAGAAUAUGGAUGGGUAUGACGGCGUUCCUCUCCCGAAAAGGAAAGAUAUUGUGACCAAGAGGUUUGUGUUUGAUGGGUCGAAGAUCGAAGCUUUACGAGCAACGUAUGCAGAGAGCAUCAGACUGAAGACCAAGAAACGCCCGUCUCGGGUUGAGGCAUUGUCUGCCUUCUCGUGGAACAGGUUUAUGGCCGAGGUUGCAAAAGAAGAAGAAUCAAGUUCAAGAAGGUUGUACACGGUUGUGUAUAUUAUGGAUCUCCGUUCGAGGUUUGACUCACCUCUGCCGCAGAAUAGUUUUGGGAACUAUUACCGGGCAGCCACUGCAACUCCAACAUUGGUUGAUGGGGAGGAGAGAGGUGGCCUUGUGAGGCAGGUGAUUGAGGAAAUAGAGAAGAUUGAUAGUAAGUAUAUGAGGAAAUUUCAAGAUGGCUAUAAGGAACAUUUGGAUUUCAUGAGGAGAAGGAUGGAAAGGGCUGCAAAAGGAGAGCUUGUUACAGUGACGUUUUCAAGUCUGUGCAGGUUUCCAUUGUAUGAGGCUGAUUUUGGUUGGGGGAAGCCAGCGUGGGUGAGCAUGGCUUCCAUGAGAAUCAACAACCAAAUAGUUUUUAUGGACACCAAAUUGGGUGAUGGAAUAGAGUCGUAUUUUAGCUUCAAGGAGGAAGACAUGGCCAAGUUUGAACUUGACUCAGAGUUCCUCGGGUUGAUUUCUCCAAUUGGUAAUGUCAAGAAAAAUCCAUUUGCACGUCUUUAAAUAUAAGUUGAAUCAUCCAUCAAUAAUAUUUCUAGUGUAGCAAUGUGAUCACAUUAUGCAUUACUCUUGCCUUAUAUAAAUAAUUUAGAUGUAUAAAAUGUUACAAUAUAUCUGUGGCUUAAUAAGAUGUAAUGCUUGGAUUCAAAGAUGCAUAUGCUGGCAGCUCUUGAUCACACUCGAAUAGUGUCAUGUCUUCUUCGCUCAAGCUUACUCAGGACUCCAUUCCAUCACGGCCUUUUAUAUCCAUCAGAUAUACCAUAUUCUUGGCUGUUGGAAUAGCUGAGCUCACCCAAAUUGGUUUUCCACACCCAAAGUCUGCACCCUCGUAUAGUGGAAACCUAAACCAACUUGUGCACACAUAGAAGUCCAUGCCAUCACUGGUUAGCAUUCUUAUAGCCUCGUUCUGAGGCUCACUUAUUACUGAAAUAUCCUCACUCAGUGGUAGUCUUUUUGCUUUCUUGCAAAAUUCUUCACUGCCUUCCCUUAAUUGAGUUAAUUCAGUAACCAAGCCAUGUAACUCUGCCUAUGUGUCUUCUGCCCUCGCAAUAAAGACCCAACAAACUUCCCAACAGAGUUAUUUGGUAGGGGAGGGACUAUUCUGUUUUGAAUGUUCACAUUUUGGUACAGGGACGAUAGCCUAGAUGAGGAUCCGAAAUUUGUCCUUGAAGCCUUCAUUGCACAUUUCCAGAUGAGUGCUGCUACCCUCUCCAUCUUUGUCGGUUGUUUGACACUCACAGAAGGUGCUUUGGCCCUAAGAACAACAAUCUUUGAGCCAUUGAAUACAAACCUCUUUGUUGCAGAUUUGUGUUCUCUGAUCUUAAGAUUUUCAAGAUCUGAUGGAGUCAUCGAGAUAUCUCUUGGUGGGGUUAUUAACAUGGCAUUGAAUAUAGGAUCCACUUUCUGGCCAAUCCCAGAAGCAUUAUUGGCCCAACUUCUGAUGAAUGUGCUCAAUGUGGCUGCAUCAGCUAUCUUGUGAGAAAGACAUAAGCCAAGGCAUAAGCCAAGGCCAAUUGCACCACACUUAAAAGUAGUUGGCUUGAACAUGCAGCACACAUCCCCUGCCUUCUAGAAAGACUUCACAAUUGAUAAGCAGCAACUGUUUUAGUACCUCGUGGUCUGUUGCUUUGAGAAUGUCUGCAAGAAGGCAGCUGACUUGAGCUUCAGUGAACCCCGCUCCAUCAUCAUUGCAGUCAAUGGAGGAAUUGUCUUUGAUUCUUCCAGCAAAUGGGUAGAAGCAAGUCAGAGUUUAAGAUAGCGAUUUCUUUAGCUGCAAGGUUCUUCCAGCUGCAGCAGUACGAUCACUUGUGGUAUAGAAGAGCAGCAACGGAAUGCAAGUAGCAGGAACCAGUUGGUCCAAAAGGGAAAGAUUGAAGGUUUUCAACUGGAUGGGAGUUAAAGAAGAAGGUUUGCUGUUUUUUUUUUUUUUUUUUUAGCAAUAAUACCAAUCUCUAUAGUUGUCAUUUUCUUCUUCUUGCUCCAAGUGUUGAUAGGUUUCAACUCACUUUGGAAAGUUGUUUAGUCUCUACAUGUUUAUAAGCACAAGCACAACAAUCUAACUACUCACAUGCAAAUGCUGUGAAUGGGAGUUUGUUGAAUGAAAUUACGUACUGAAAAAUCUUUCAGUUUUUCCUUGAA